CACGCGGCACCGACGCCGCAGUCGGCGAUGUGCACAAGGUGCAAGCAGAGACGCAGAAAACAUGCAAAAGCUGCUUUCGCUGUGGUUCGCCAAAACACACGAGUGAAGCAUGCCCUCACUUGGAGGCAACCUGUUUCAGUUGCAACAAGAAAGGGCAUAUCCAGAGAGCCUGCCGAAGCAGUGGUAAGACUUUUUCUAAGAAAACGCAGACGAAAAAGAAUGUGAAGAUGCUGACGGUUGUGUCGCGGAAAGCUUCGACCCUCAGUCUAAACGGCGUGUCGGCAGCUCAGAGCGACCCUGUCACCGUGCAGAUGACCAUCGACGGCGUCUUGGUGAACAUGGAGCUAGACACGGGAGCGGCUGUUUCCGUCAUGUCAAAGACGCAGUUCCGUCAGCUCUUCCCUUCGGCUGUACUGAAGCCUACGACAGUUAAACUUCGUACCUACACAGGAGCACUGGUACGACCCCAGGGAGUCUCUUCGGUCAACGUGCAGCACGGCGACCAUUCUGCAAUUCUCCCACUCUACGUCGUAGACCACAAGGGACCACCUCUACUGGGCCGGGAGUGGCUGCACGCCGUCCGGCUGGAGUGGGCGAAAAUCUGGAACCUGAACAACAUUACAAGGUCAGACACUCCUACUCAUAUCAGCGUAAAAAAGAGGCUAGACGCAUUACUGGCGAAGUACCAACUCCUUUUCAAAGACGAGUUAGGCACGAUAACGGAAGAGCGCGCCGAACUUUUUUUUAAACCUGAUAUGAAGCCGAGAUUCCUAAAAGCCAGGAACGUUCCAGGCAGUUUCACCUGGCGUCGUCACAAGGACCAGCUGCUCGCGCGGACCACGGAUCCGGACCGCGAGGCAUCUGACCAAGAGGGGUACGAGUUCCUGGCGUUUCCACCAAGCGUCGACCCAUUACAUCCUCCGCUCCUACCACCAGUGGUCCUGCCGCUUCGCAAGAGAUCCAGACGGCGGGUGCAAGACGCUACCCGACUAGACCGUCGACCACCGGACAGAUAUCAAGCUGGAGUUUAG